AUGGCUCUCAAAGUAUUAAUUGUAGUGACCAUUCUUACUCUAUUUGUGACCACUAUGGCACAAUUUGGGAGUGGGCGUGGCGGAUUGGGCGGUGGUUUUGGGCAAGGUGGUUUUGGUCAAGGAGGAUAUGGGCAAGGAGGAUAUGGACAAUCAGGAUACGGGCAAGACAGAUUUGGUAGACAAGGUUUUGGAUCAGGAGGUGGGCUUGGACAAAAUAAUAGGUUUAACCAAGGAGGUCAAGGUGGCGGAUUUGGACAAGGGGGAUUUGGUCAAGGUGGUGGAUUUGGACAAGGAGGAUAUGGUCAAGGCGGCGGAUUUGGACAAGGUGGUUUUGGACAAGGUUUUGGGCGA